UCCUCCUCCUCCUCCUCAGCGGCGUCGCUCCUCCUCGCCACAAAAUGGCGGCCGGGGCCUUCGGCGGCGGCGGCGGAGGAGGAGCGGGAGCGGGCCUCAACUUCUCCUCGGCGCCUCCGCCGCCUCAGGCCAACAGCGGGGCCCCUCCGCCUCCUGCCCCGUUAUUAUCCUCCCCUCCGCCUCCGCCUCCUCCGCCGCCUUGCUCCAACCUCGCGGGGCCUACGCACAACCACCACGCCGCCGCCGCCGCCGGGGCCGGAGGCAACCCUCUCCUGCCCUUGGCCGACGCCACCAACGCCCCCCCCGGCCCUUGUCCCUUCUUCUUCUCCUUCCCCGGCGUCUUCUCCGUCCGGCCCGGUGCCUCCUGCUCCUCCGUCGGCGUCGGCCUUGGCGCUGGGGCGGGAGCCUUCGUACAACUGGCAGGCGACGAAGCCGACGGUGCAGGAGCGCUUCGCCUUCCUCUUCAACAACGAGGUCCUCAGCGACGUCCACUUCGUCGUCGGAGGACACAAGGGACGCCCCGGGGGACACCCGGUCCCCGCUCACAGGUUUGUGCUGGCGGUGGGCAGUGCGGUAUUCGAUGCAAUGUUCAACGGUGGGAUGGCGACAACGUCCACAGAGAUAGAGCUCCCUGACGUGGAACCGGCCGCUUUCUUAGCUUUGCUGAAGUUUCUCUAUUCAGAUGAAGUUCAGAUUGGGCCAGAGACUGUCAUGACGACUCUUUACACAGCAAAGAAGUAUGCAGUUCCUGCUCUGGAAGCACACUGCGUGGAGUUCCUGAAGAAAAACCUGAGAGCAGAUAACGCUUUCAUGCUUCUAACACAGGCAAGACUUUUUGAUGAGCCCCAGCUGGCAAGCCUUUGCCUGGAAAACAUAGAUAAGAACACGUCCGACGCCAUCAAUGCCGAAGGCUUCACAGAUAUUGAUCUGGACACUCUGGUGGCUGUCCUGGAACGGGACACUCUGGGCAUCCGCGAAGUGCGCCUCUUCAACGCUGUGGUCCGGUGGUCAGAGGCCGAAUGCCAGAGGCAGCAGUUGCAAGUGGUUCCUGAGAAUAAGCGGAAGGCCCUUGGCAAAGCCCUCUCACUCAUCCGCUUCCCCUUGAUGACAAUUGAGGAGUUUGCUGCAGGUCCGGCUCAGUCGGGGAUCCUCACAGACCGUGAAGUCGUCAGCCUCUUCCUCCACUUUACUGUCAACCCCAAGCCCCGGGUGGAGUUCAUUGACCGCCCCCGCUGUUGCCUGAGGGGGAAAGAAUGCAGCAUUAACCGUUUCCAGCAGGUGGAGAGCCGCUGGGGCUACAGCGGGACCAGUGACCGGAUCAGGUUCUCAGUCAACAAGAGGAUAUUCAUUGUUGGAUUUGGGCUGUACGGAUCCAUCCAUGGCCCAACGGAUUAUCAAGUAAAUAUACAGAUCAUUCACACAGACAGCAACACAAUCCUGGGCCAGAAUGACACAGGCUUUAGCUGCGACGGCUCUUCCAACACGUUCCGGGUGAUGUUUAAGGAACCUGUGGAGAUCCUGCCAACCGUCAGCUACACUGCUUGUGCGACUUUGAAGGGCCCCGAUUCUCACUAUGGAACCAAAGGCCUACGCAAAGUCAUCCACGAGUCGCCGACAACUGGGACCAAGACCUGUUUUACUUUCUGUUACGCAGCUGGCAACAACAACGGCACCUCUGUGGAGGAUGGGCAGAUCCCUGAGAUAAUCUUCUACACAUAAGUGGGGGGCACCACUGGGAACUUGCCAUCAGGUGGACGGACAGGCCACCCCGCUGCAGCUUCUCCUCCCGCCUCCUUCAUGUGCCCUCCCAAGCUGAACAUCGCUGGCUUGCGUUCUGCCCUGCCCCAUGGGAGGGCUGUUAGCCAGAGGACUUCAGGCUGGACGAACAGUCCGAGAUCGCAUUUGCUGUGUGUGGCCGACGCUGCCCAGCCUGCCUUCAGGUUAGCCUGGGCAGCUUCUCGCCUCUUCCGCUGGUUCCAGUGGUCUGGCCUGGUGGUCCUUUCAUUGCACUGAAUGUAGCUGCUUUUACGUCUGGCUGUUCUAGUGGUGGUGGCGGCGGUUGGGGUUGUGUGUAAGCCGCUUUCCCGAUAGGAGUCUUUUUCCACCAAAGAGAACCUCUCCCCCACUGCUGACUGUCAGGUUGGAGGCUGAACAGGGAGAGAUGGAGGCCUAAGAUGCUAAGUCUGGUCUAGGUGUUAGCUAAGGCUUUGACUCCCUUUCUGUGUGUGCUCUGGCAGGGAAAAGUUGUACUUUUGAAAGUAAAUCUGUUUUCUCCCUGCUGUUGAGGGUAGAUUCUUUGCAUGAUAAAAGCAGCGUUUGACGACAAUCCUGAACACUGAGGGGAUGGCAGCAUGGAGUAAAGGUGAAACCUCUCCACCCAGCUAGUUUCCAAGAGCCUACCUACUGCUUAGCCCCAAAGGUUUUGCUGCCUUGCUGUUGGGUGGGAUUUCAUGGGUGCUCCGAAGCAGGGGGACCAUUUCUUGUGAGGAGGCUGCCUCCUAUUUGCCAAGAGGUGACUGACUCUUAGACAUGCAGACUCAAUUGUUGUGGGUAGGAGAAAUAUCUGAAGACCCUGGACUGAUUCUCAGUACAUUUCUGCUGCUGCUAAUAUAGUGCAACUUAACAAUGCAUUUUACUCUUCCACUGUUCCCCCCCCCUGCCCCCCCCCCACACCCUCGUUGUCAUUAACAAGGCAAAUGCUGUGAGUUGUUGAUUGUUUGGUGGGCAGUGAUUGUUGUUGUUCUUGUUGUUUCAAACCAUGAAUAAAUUCCCUGGGCUGUAAAGCGUAAAGGCCGAACUCCCAAAUGGAGCAGUUUUAAAAAGCA